GUCUCAGAGUUCGGCGGGGCUCGGCCGGGCGGCACGUGGGCACGGAGCGGGGGCGGGGCGCGGCGCGGCGCGGCACGGCACGGGGGAAGAGCACCGCACGGACCGUGUAAUUGCUGAGGCUGUUCAGGAUGGCUUUACGCUUCCGCAGGUUCUUGCCUUACGCCUUUCCUGGAGUGCUGGCGCUGAUCGGAUGGUGGUGGUUCUUUUCUCGUAAAAAGGAGCGUGAAAGCAAUCAUGAUAGGCAAGUCUUGGUCGGCGUGGAAGAGCAGAGGAUCAAACCCCCCAAAAAGGAGCCUUCAUCAGGAGAGGAACCAAAUGUCCUCAGGGUGCUUCCUGUGCUGGCGGCGGAGGGCCGCCCAGAGAAUGAAACCUUUCCUCCCAAGCCAUCGUUGAGGUCAGCGACUCCUCCUCUCUCGCUUCAAACUCUCGAGGGGUCAGAUUCGUCCGAGAACCUUCCUGCCACAGCAAUGACGGCCGUUGAACUCAACACGUUGGAUGACGACAGUGACAAACUGGAAAGAGCGGUGUCUCGGGAGGAAAGCGGGUCCCCUGCACAGGUAUCUCCCCCUCUAGUCCUGGAGAGCGUUGAGUCGACUUCCAGUGCAACUCUCGGCCAGCAGCCACUGGUGUGUCCAGCACUGGAGUCGGCUCAAGAGCCUUUUGGAAAGAUUGGGGGACUGGGUGAAGUGGAAACAACUUGUGAUUCUUUGAAGAGGCCGCCCCGGGAAACCCAGUGCCCAGAAACUAUGUCUGUGGACCCCAGCCUUUCACCAGCCCCCUGCCCAGAGCCGGGCAAGGAAGCUGAUUCCCAGCCUGUCACUCCUGAUGAAGAGGAUCAGAAGGAGGUUGAAGGAGUUGAUUCGGAGCAAAGAGAGUCUGAAGUUGGGAUGUUCCCGAAUACCUGUGCGGAGUCUGUCUGCUCGGAGCCAUCCGGGAAAGAGAUGUCUGAGUCGACUGGCAGUACUGUACCUAAGUGUCAGGGAAGGGAAGACCAGCACUCCCUGUAUACACAGUUGAAAGGAGAUGGUUUGCAAAAAGAGAGAACUGGAGGAGUGAGUUUGGACAAAGAUGAAGUUGAGAAAAUUGAGCAAGUUGCUAUACAGAUUAUUUCUAAGGUCAUCUUAGCGGCCACUGGGGAAGUGCUGUCUGGGUCGGUAAGUGAUGUGUCCAGUAGGCUUUGUCAGGUUGCAGCCAGUCACGUUGAUAGACCGCAGGAGAGAGCGAGCACUGUGCCGUCGGAUCCAACACCUGCGGCAGAGCCCAGCAAAGAGAGCGAGGCUGCCGCUGCCCAGAGCGUCGCCGCAAUACCCGCACCUGGAGCAGAAGAGAAACUCGACAGUUGCAUGACUUUCUCCAGCUACUUGAAUCAUGGGUGCUUAUCUCACCCUGUUCAGGUAGACCCGAAAGACCCUCAACCAAAGAGGUCUGCACACGGCGAGGUCCCAGGAGCCCAUCGGACUUUGGUCGCAAAAUGCCAAGCGUCAUUGGAGGAGUCGCCUCCGGUGAUGGAGGACUCUGGGUGCAGUGCGUGCACGUCGGAAGAUGGGAUGAGCAUGGAGGAUCCGUUGCAGAGCACCUCCUUGUCUCUCCUGGCAGGCCAGCAUACGGACUCGCUGAGCACGUCUGCCAUCCAGGAUACGUCCAUCGAGCAGAGCUUGGUGCCCAGUGAGAAGCCUGUGACCCCCAAGUUACCAGAAGAUGACAAAGUGCCAUAUAGUAAUGGGAUGUUGAAAGAGGACAGUCCGGAUCUGAGACACGAGAGGAACUGGGCCACGGAGACGGAUGCAGACCACUCGGGAGGUUCAGAUGUAAACAGCAUGGAUUCAGUGGACAGUGGCUGUGCCCUUGGGAAGAUGGAGACUCGCCAGAACUCCAAGCCAGGAGUAGAAUCGAAUAAGUCGGAGCUUGCUAUCUGGGAGAUAGAGGUGCCAAAGCACUUGGUUGGCCGGUUGAUUGGCAAGCAGGGGAGGUACGUGAGUUUCCUGAAGCAAACGUCCGGUGCCAAAAUCUAUAUCUCAACACUACCGUACACCCAAGACUUCCAGAUUUGCCACAUAGAAGGCUCUCAGCAUCAUGUAGAUAAAGCGCUGAGUCUGAUUGGAAAGAAGUUCAAAGAGCUAAACCUCAGCAACAUCUAUGCCCCUCCUCCCCCAUCACUGGCGCUCCAUUCCCUCCCUAUGACUUCAUGGCUGAUGCUCCCCGAUGGAGUCACCGUAGAGGUGGUUGUGGUUAACCAGGUCAACGCGGGACACAUGUUUGUACAGCAGCACACUCACCCCACCUUCCACGUCCUGCGCAGUCUGGACCAGCAGAUGUACGUCUGCUAUUCGCAACCGGGAAUCCCGACUUUGCCGACGCCAGUAGAAGUUGGCGUUAUUUGUGCGGCCCCCGGCAUGGACGGAGCGUGGUGGCGGGCUCAAGUUGUCGGCUACUUCAAAGACAGCGGCGAAGUGGAGAUCCGAUACGUGGACUACGGAGGAUACGAAAGAGUUAAAAUAGAUACCCUCAGGCAAAUCAGGUCUGAUUUUGUAACACUACCUUUCCAAGGAGCAGAAGUCCUGCUAGACAACGUGGUGCCACUUCCAGAUGAGGAUCACUUCUCCUCCGAGGCUGAUACAGCUGUUGGCGAAAUGACCAGAGGGAUGGCUCUCCUGGCGCAGGUCACAAAUUAUGACAGUGCAACAGGUCUGCCUCUCAUACAGCUGUGGAGCAUGAUGGGAGAUGAGGUGGUGUCCAUAAACAGAGCUCUGGUGGAAAGAGGAUUUGCUCAGUGGAUUGACAGCUACUAGUAAUGUCCUGGAUGCACCAGGCAGCCCUUUUUCUAAAGAAACAAAACAAAACAAAAAAAAAAACCCAAGGAAUUUUUUUGCACUGUAUUACAAUUUGGUUUGGCAAGCCCGUUCGUUUACACCACUGUGCAAAGUUGCGUGGUCCAUCGAGACUGGUUUGCUCAACUGUUACCAUUUCACUCGAAAUGCAUACCUCAUUUCGGCGAAAGGCAGGGUGUUUUUCAAGAGCCAUAAAAAGAUAACGGUAGCUUUAAAACCACAAACCUGUCCGUGGCCUGAUCUCAAAAGUUAAAAAUCUGGGGCUUGCUUGAAACUAAUAAAUGCCCCUACAACUUGUUAACUGUGGCUGAAGGCCUGUUCAAUGCGUAUGUCCAUAGGAUUCAGUGGCUGUUUUCUACUGAAAGUGAUGCCUCUCUUUUUAAAAAAGAAAAUUCUGCCUAUAAAGCCAACAAAGUGUAUGUCAAGCAUUCAAUGUUCAGUUGUCUAUGGAUUUUUGCAGACUGUGCCACCGACAUGCACCAGCUGCAUUUGUCUGGUCUCCUGCAGGUGCUGGGCAAGGAGUGUAUGAAUUGUAUUUAUGGCACUUAUUAUGGCGCAUAGCCUUGCUAGACUGUCUGAGACUUGAUCUGCAAUGGGAAGGAAGCUGUUUCUGUGCAGACGUAUCUAACGCAGGAUAAGUUACUGCUGCAGCCAUAGCUUUGAAGUUUUUUUUUUUUUUUUGUUUCCCAAUCAUGUACAUGAAAAAAGAAAACUAAUCAUUGAUUGCCAAGCCCAAUUGUAACUUGUAAUUUUCUAGCUGUGCAAGUCUGUGUAAAUAUAUAUAAAAUCACUGUAAUAUUUUGUACAAGAAAAACACUGGAAACAAAGGGAUCUUUACAAAAAAACCACCUUUUUUUUUCACACCAAAAUGUCCUCCGUAGCUAGAAACGGUUUGGAGUGCAUUAGCAUAGCUGACAUACUUGGAGCAUCUAAAUGUUGGGAGUUUUCCACUCCGCUGUGUACAGGUUUAGUAUUUCCUUAGAUCCUGUAUGGUAUGAAUUGUAAUCAAUGCAUUCUUUGCUACUUUGCUGUACAGAGCUGAAGAAAAAAAAACAGGAAAAAAGUAACAAUUUGGCAUUAAUAUUGCAGUGGUGUUCUCUCUCCUUGAUUUGAUGAUUUAUUUUUUUUGCUCCUUUUUUUUUUUUUUAUCAGAUGUGGAAUUUAAAAUUUUGUUUAAAUAAUUUAAGCUAACUUAAUUCUAUUAAAAAAGAACCGUCUAAUGUAUAUCAACUUUAAACGUGUAUCAAGUUGGGAUUUAUCUCGGCAGAGAAGACUCUUAAUAGGAAACCAUUGGUAUAGCCAGUCCUCGGGAAAUAUGAGGUUUUUUUUUUUCAGGCAGAUUCAUAGAUGGUUUUUGCAUCUGGUCACCUAAUGCUGUCCACCAAGCACUGUUGAAUGUAGUUACCUACAAGAUCACUUGAUCAGAUCCAUUCAAAUAUGAUUUGAGUUGUAUCUCUCUCUUUUUUUUGAAUUCUGUCUUUGGGCCUUACGGUUUAAUGUUCAUGUUUGCAAUAAUGUCCAAUGAAAACUAAAUCAGUAACUUGGUUAAACCUGUAGAAAAUACCUUAUUGGAAUGGUUUUUUCCUCCAUUUCAAUUAAAGUGCAAAUUUUAA